AUGCCUGCCAGUCAUGUCGAAUCGGCUCUGCUCAACGGCCACGAUGAUUCUUCGGCUCCCUCUGUAGUGCCGCAUAGGAAGAGUGGUGCAGGAAAAGCGAAGAAGGCCCCGGCCAAGUCCACCACCGAUGAAGCGACUCGACUACUCCAGCAGCGAAUCUCGCAGCUGGAACAGGAUGCCGCCGGGGAGAAGGACCAGGAGAUGGAGAUCGAACGAGAGGUAAAACGAGCAAAUCGCGACCUGCUUCAAACAGUGUCGAAAAUGGAUAAUAUGCAAAAAAUCGACUACUUGACAAAGCGAUCGAGCGAGCUCUUGGCAGAUAUGAGGCGGUUGGAGAAGGAGAAUCAGAAGAAUCGCAGGCAACGAGACAAUCUGCAGAAGGAGCGGGACAAUGGACGCACCGAGUUGAGCAAGACGGUCGGCCUCAAAGAAAAGCUAGAGAAGCUUUGCAGAGAGCUCCAGCGGGAUAACAAUAAGAUGAAGAACGAGAACAAAGAGCUGCAAACCACGCAGAAGCGCAAUACGGUGUCAUGGGACGAGAAGUACGCCACGUUACUCUCCAAAUUGGAGGGGUACCAAGAAGAAAAGGAUACUCCCCAAAAGCAGGUCGUGGAUAUGGAGAUGGAAGAAUUAUUCCGUGUCCGGUUCAAGUCCUUCAUCGAUCAGUACGAACUCCGUGAGCUGCACUUUCACUCGUUGAUGCGAACGAAGGAACUCGAAGUUCAAUAUCAUAUGGCACGAGCUGAGCGCGAAAAGAAGGGGGCCGAAACAGAGACGACUAAGGCCCGCCAUCUCCAAUCACAGGUCCACGCCUUCACCAAGACCGAGAAUGAGCUUCGAAAUCAAUUGAACGUUUACGUGGAUAAAUUCAAACAGGUCGAAGACACCCUGAAUAACAGCAACGACCUGUUUCUGUCGUUCAGGAAGGAAAUGGAGGACAUGUCGAAGAAGGGCAAACGACUUGAGAAGGAGAAUGAGAGUCUAAAACGGCAGAAGGAAGCCACAGCCGCCAAUAUCAUUCGCAUGGCCGAGGAACGCCAGGAGUGGAAGAAGAAGACGGAGGCUGCCGAGAGGAAAUCGGAGAAACUUAUGAGCAUUAUCCAAGCGAUGCAGCAGCAAGGCAGGUCGGUGCCGCAAAGCAUGGCCAGCACGAUGGAGAGUUGUUUCUCUGACAGUCACGGAGGGGGCGAGGGCGACGACGAGAGCGACUACUCCGAAGACGGCGAGGAGGAUCUAAGUGAGUUCGACGACGACACCGAAGAAGAGACCCAGCCUACUGAACAGGCGCCGCCUGUCACUUAUGGACCUGAGAGGCCACCCCAACAGCAGCCCAAGGCCACCACUACCGUCAACGGGCACUAG